AUGAACAGAACACAAGAAUACCGCUCAUUAACAUCACACAACCAAUUGAAACCAUACAUUCCCGCCCAUGAAAUACCACCGCAUACGUGGCAAUCCCUUCAUAAAAGAAUAGCACGCCUCCAUAACGAACCGAACACCAAAGAACUGCAGGUGGUGAAAGCUGAGCUGCACUCCUUGAAUAAGAGGGUAGCUACGCUUCGCACGGACAGCAAGUUUCAUGGGGGUGUGAAACGUACGCUAGAGAUAUUCGUGAUUGAAAUGCUGAUUGAUGUGAAUGCAUUGCUUAAGAAGUGUAGUGAUGGUAUUGGUAGGGAGAACAAGAAUGGUAAGGAUGAUAAAAGUGAGGGCAAGAAUGGUACACGUGCUAAUAGCAGUGCCAGUAUCAAUGCUGACAGCAGUAGUGCCAAGCGUACGUACGAUGUACUUUUACAUGAAACAGAGAGUAAAAGCAGCAUGCAGUCGCUCUCAAUGCACCAGCUGCACAAGAUGCACGAAAGCACGUCAACCACAAAACGGCAGAAUUACACAAUGCUAAACACUCAGAUCACGGAGAUAGGACAGCUCAUGACCGACAUAUCGAUGCACAUCAACAUACAAGGCGAGAACCUUAAGAGAAUAGAUGAGGUGAUAGAACGGGUGGAUGAUAAUUUGUUUGGCAGUUUUAGGGAGAUUGAGAGGGUGUGGGACAGUGUGAAAGGGAGGAGAAGGACUAUUAUGUGGUUUGUUGCGUUGUGGAUUGUUGUUGUGCUUUUGUACGUGCUGUUUAGGUCUAUUUAA